CCGAGUUUUGAAGUUUGAAGGUUAUAUCAUCGAAGGUAACCCGAUCAUUGUCAUUAACCCUAUGCCCUGAAGGAAAAGGAUACAACAGAAGGAUAUUGAGCAAUCGUUGCUCAAGAGAAAGGUGUAUAACUAGGUGGUGUUGGCGUAGGCUAAUGGUUGCUCGCUGGUGAACAUCUUUUGCAACAAUAUCAAAUGGCUGCAUCAACUGAUCAGACUGUAAACAAGAUGGUAACCGAGACUAUGGAUACGUAUGCUGACUAAACAUUCAAGGAAAGCAUGAUAGUGUGUUUCUUUAUAAUGGCCACCGUUAUCCUUAGAAAGCCUUGGUUAAAUAAUUUUUGGAGGUGGGGUCUGCCCCAAGCGCUUGGAGCUAGACAAGUAACCGGUAAAUCACAAGAUGAGUACGUUGAGAGUGUGGUUUGCAACCAGUCGGCCAUCGGUGAAAAUGAGAUGAAAGUGUUUGACAUCGGCACCGAUGGGAAGGUGUUGCUGGCCAAGCAGGAUGGUAAGAUCUACGCCACGGGGACGUUGUGUUCCCAUUACAAGGCACCCCUAGUGACUGGUGCCCUGGGCAAGGGGAAGGUGAGGUGUCCAUGGCACGGGGCUUGCUUCAACCUAGCCACAGGUGAUAUUGAAGAUUUCCCCGGACUCGACAGCAUUCCAUCCUAUGAAGUGAAGAUUAUGGGCGAUGGAGGAGUCAAAGUGAAGGCCAAGAAGAGUGAUUUGCAAGAGAACAAGCGAGUGAAGGGAAUGUGCAAACUGAAAAAUAAGUCCAAGAGCUUUGUCAUCAUUGGAGGAGGAGCUGCAGCUGCUAAGUGUGUGGAGACCCUGAGACAGGAUGGGUUUGAUGGACGCAUCACCAUGGUAUGCAAAGAACCUUACGUUCCAUACGACCGCAUCAAGGUCUCCAAGAUGUUGGACUCUGAACCUUCCAAGAUACAACUACGGCCUGAGGACUUUUACAAGGACAACAGCAUUGAAGUACUGAAAGGUGUUGAGGCAACCAAGCUCGAUCCUGCCCAAAAAUUGGUACAUCUUGCCAAUGGAGAAACUCUCAAGUUUGAUAAACUUUUCAUCGCAACCGGAGCUCAGCCAAGGAAGUUGAAAAUCGAUGGGGUUGAUCUGAAGAAUGUGUUCACUUUGAGGCACAUUGAAGACACAAUGAGUCUGAACAAAGCUCUUGGCAGUGACAAGGAUAAACAUGUCGUCAUCAGUGGAUCCUCCUUUAUUGCAAUGGAGUCAGCAGCAGCAGCUGUGGGCAAGGCUAAGUCAGUCACUGUAGUGAUGCGGACAGCACUUCCUCUUCAGCAGUUCGGGAAAGCCAUCGGGGAGAGGAUUGCGGAGAUCUUCAAAGAGAAGGGUGUUGUUCUUCAGCCCAACAUUACUCUGAGCAAGCUAGAAGGCUCGGGGGGCAAAGUAACCCAUGCGUUGUUGGCGGACGGAAGGAAACUGCCUGCGGACAUUGUCAUACUUGCCGUCGGGUCGACGUACAACACUGACUUCCUGCGUGGAUCUAACGUGUCUGUGAACGAACACGGUCUGGUGCCUACUGACGAGUACCUCGAGACCAGCCUGAAGGGCAUCUACGCAGGUGGAGAUAUCGCUUUUGCACCAGUGUUUGUCAACGAUGGAAGGCGGCUGGCCAUCGGUCACUGGCAGGUCGCCCAUUACCAUGGGCACAUUGCGGCCAAAAACAUGCUAGGCAAAAAGACAGAGCUGCACACCGUCCCGUUCUUCUGGACCAUGCUGUUUGGUACUGGCUUCAGAUAUGCUGGCCACGCUGAAACUAUUGAUGAUGUAGUGAUUGAUGGAGACCUGAAAGGACUCAAGUUCACAGCCUACUUCUGCAAAGGAGAUGAGGUGCAUGCAGUUUUAAGCACGACCAAUGCAACGGCUGCUUACGCUGAGUAUAUCAGUGUAGGAAACAAACUGACAAAGAAAGAAAUCCAAGCCAACCCUACCAAAUGGUUGAGCCAAGUUCCUAAGGGAAAGAUAAAGUAAUUUAGGUGGAAUUUGAACCCCAAUGCAUUUAGGAUAGCUUCGAGGACCCCACGCUUAGUUUAAAAUUUCCAUUUAACUUUGUUAUCAGUUGAUCAGUAUUAUUAAUUUGGGUGCAAUAAAAUCAUAGUUUAUUUAUAUUAGUUAAUUUUUUAUUUGUAUGUAUAGAGACAUAUAACUGAAGUUUUAACAUCCACGGUGAUAAUAAGUGACCUUGUCAUUUUGUGAUUGAAAUAUAAAAUUGUUAACAUUCCUUUUGUGCAUAUAUUUGGUUGUUUUGCGCUAGUUUAUUCACAAGAUAUUAAGGUGAAGGGAAAAUUAGAUAUUGAACUGUUACUCACAGACACCUUUGAUAUUUUUAAUUUUUUUUAAGGUUUACCUGUGUAAUUUAUUUAUUUUUAUGUUUUGUAUCUAUUAUUAAAACUCUAGACCAUU